UACAGAUUAUAAUGAGCCCCUUGUCGAAAUUUAAACUAACCCUCUGUUCUUUUAAUCCUCUCACUUCUAUAACUGCGCGAGACCUUAUUAACGUGUCAUAGACUCUGCUGCAGCUGCUUCUACGGUUCGCUGGAGAUCCCUGGCGGUGGCUUUUCGUCUUUCUGUCGUCCCGGGAAACCCUGAGAAGCAGCCGCAGCCUUUAAUGAACUCCAUUCAUCUGGACCAGCAGGACCGAGGCGAUUUUUUCCCCCGUCUUGCAGACUGACGUAACAAUAUUACAAUGAAAGGAUGCAUUUUCUUGGGCUUUAUGAAAGUCUCGGCGCUCGUAUAGUCACCAGGGGGCAUGCACACGUCAAUGCAGCGCGGGAAACAUUUUAACAUCGUAAGAUUGUAACGUCGGGUCGGAGGAACGUUCGAAUGGACGCAGGAGCAGCUCCGCGGCUCUUCAUAUCGCUGUAGUUUGUGUCACGGGAGGUUCCUGCUGCCCCCAUCCAUCCAUCUCUCCGGCUGUUGUUGUGAAUUGAUCUAACAUGGCGACUGCACCCGUCUAUUGCAUCUGCAGAUUACCUUACGACGUAACCCAGUUUAUGAUCGAAUGCGACGCCUGCAAAGACUGGUUUCACGGAAGCUGUGUGGGAGUGGAUGAAGAUGAAGCACCAGACAUUGACAUCUAUCACUGUCCUAACUGUGAAAAGACCCACGGCAAAUCCACCUUGAAAAAGAAAAAGAACUGGAAUAAGCAAGACACGGGACAAAGCGGAGAUGUCAGACCGGUUCAGAACGGCAGUCAAGUGUUCAUAAAAGAGCUGCGCAGCAGGACAUUCCCCAGUUCAGAAGAUGUGGUGGUCAAGCUGUCUGGAAGUCAGCUGACGUUGGACUACCUUGAGGAGAAUGGGUUCAAUGAGCCAAUUCUCAUCCAGAAGAAAGAUGGACUGGGGAUGGCUAUACCUGCACCCACGUUCUACGUCAGCGACGUGGAAAACUAUGUUGGACCUGAUGUUCUUGUGGAUGUUGUUGAUGUAACCAAACAGACACAAAGCAAAAUGAAGUUAAAAGAGUUUGUUGAUUUUUACUACAGCACAAACAGAAAGAAAGUAUUAAAUGUGAUCAACCUAGAGUUUUCAGACACAAGAAUGGCCAGUGUUGUUGAGAGUCCGCAGAUAGUUCGGACGUUGUCCUGGGUGGAGAAUUACUGGCCCGACGAUGCAUUGUUGGGGAAGCCUAAAGUGUCCAAAUACUGUCUCAUCUGUGUGAAAGACAGCUACACAGACUUCCACAUUGAGUGUGGAGGUGCCUCUGUGUGGUAUCACGUACUUAAGGGAGAGAAAAUCUUCUUUCUGAUCAAGCCCACUUCUGCCAAUCUUUCUCUGUACGAGCGCUGGAGGUCCUCCUCCAACCACAGCGAGAUGUUUUUUGCUGAUCAAGUGGACAAGUGUUACAAGUGCACACUGAAACAAGGGCAAACUCUUUUCAUUCCAUCAGGUUGGAUUAAUGCAGUACUCACGCCUGUAGACUGCUUAGCCUUCUCUGGGCAUUUUGUCCACAGUCUGAGCGUGGAGAUGCAAAUGAGAGCAUAUGAGGUAGAAAAAAGACUCAAAGUUGCCAGCCUCACUCCAUUUCCAAACUUCGAAACAGCAUGUUGGUAUGUGGGAAAAUACUACCUGGAGCGGUUUAAAGGUUUACAUAAAGCAAACAAGCAGCCACCACCUUACUUGGUACAUGGUGCCAAAAUUGUCAAUGGAGCAUUCAGAUCAUGGACUAAAAAACAGGCUCUUUUAGAACAUGAGGAUGAGCUUCCUGAAAACAUGAAGCCAGCACAGCUCAUCAAAGACCUUGCCAAAGAGAUUCGGAUUUCAGAGAAUGCAACAAAAGCCAUAAAGAAUGAACCCAGCAAUUCGAAGCCCCCGGCAGAGGAACCCCCAUCUGCUCCGUCAGAACCAGAGGAACCCAUGUCACCUGCCCACAUCUCCACCCCCACAAGAGAAAAGCCAGCCAGGAAGAAAGCCACAAAGCCACCCAAACCACCCAAAAUGCCUAAGGCACCCAAACCGCCGAAGGAACCCAAAAUAAAAGAAGGUGGCAAAAAGAAAGCGAAGAAAGCUAAAGAAAGUAUUUUACCUGAGAAAAAGCCCUCAAGUCUGGCAGCUCUUGAAUCCCAUGCAAAGGACAUCCUGAACAAGAUGGACCAGCCCAAAAAACUGGUAAAGACUGGGAUGAGUAUUAUGGAGAAGGAGACGAGUAAACCAAAUGACGUUGAUAAGUUCAAGAUGAUUCGAGAGCAUAAUAAGAACAAGACGGAGGCCAAAUGGAAAUAUAAGAACAGCAAACCCGAUUCUUUAUUGAAAAUGGAAGAAGAGCACAAGUUUGACAAAAGUCUACUCAGCCACAAAGACAAUAAAUUUGCAUUUUCAUUAUCAAAUAAGAAGUUGUUAGGAUCAAAGAUGCUCAAGACCCAGACCAAUUCGAGUGUUUUUGGCUCAAUACAGAACAUUAAGGAAGAAAAACCCAAGCCUGUGAGAGACGAGUAUGAGUAUGUCUCGGAUGAAGGAGAGCUUAAGAUCGACGAAUUCCCAAUCAGGAGGAAAAAGAACGCAGCCAAGAGAGACUUCUCCUUUUUAUCAAACAUCAAAGAGCCCAUUCAGCCAGCCAAAAAGCCAAAGCUACAACAGUCGGACAUGAAGAGUCCAGAUUCAUCAGAUGAGGAAUCGCUCCAUAUAGACACAGAGGCCAAGACAGAGGUCAAAGGUCGUAACUCCAAGGUCUCUAAGAAUAAAGGGGGCAGUUCAGCUGGGAUUCUGGAUCUCCUACAGGCCAGCAAACAAGUGGGCGGCAUUGACUACAGCAACAACAGGUACACACGACUGUUUGCCAUAUGCGUAUGAAAAGCUAGGCUUAGCCUAGUUUGUUAAUAAGGAUUAAUAGGAAAUUGUAUUGUUAUUUUAGUUUUGCUUUAGUAUUUUUAGCAGCAGAACUUUAAAGAGUGCAACAUCUGUGAAAUUUAGCAUGAUAUACUUUGGUAUGCUGUGACAGUCGGCAUCGUAAAAAGUUUCCAAGAAAUUUCAUCCCUCUAGAGCAGCACUUAAAAUUACAUUUUAUAAUAUAAUACAAACCUUCUGUUUUUUUUUUUUUUAUAGAUUUAUGCAAUAAAAUGUUUCAAAUAUUUAGCCCAUAUAUUUGUUGACUUGAAUAUCUGUCAAUUUUGCAUUCAAGCUUAUGUUUUUAAAAUGUUUUAAAUGCAAUACACAUGUAGACAGACAUUGCUGGCCCUUGCACUGCAUCUAACUGUUUGUUUCAAGUUUAAACAGUUUAAAAAUACAUGGCUUUAGACCUUGCAUUCGGUUCCACAUUGUUAUACUCCAUCUAGCACAAGAAUGUGUCUUGUGUGAAAAAUCUUGACUAGUUUCUGAUGUACAUGACCUUGAAGUAGUGGUCAUGUAACAAGGGUUCCUAAAGCGACUUGUUGUUUAGAAAAUCCAUCGACUGGUCGGUUUUGCACAUCCUUAGUUCGUACAUUUUCAUGAUUCAUGGGGUAUGUUUGUACAUCACACACGCUAAUGUGAUGGAGUAUGUAGUAUGGAUAUGUUUUGUCUUUGGCAGAGGCCCAUAGGGAACACUGAAUUUAUGAUGAAGCCUGUUCUUGACCCUUAAAGAACUGAAACACAUCAUAUUUCUAGCUUAAUUCUUAGUUCUUAAACUUCACAAUGUAAACACAUCGAGCACAGGCAUUUCUUCAUCUGUCGAACAAUGGCAAAAGUAAUAGAUUGCACCGUUCUUUAUAAGCGGUUUACAUGUGCUGGCAUUAUUUGUUUAAUCCCUCUGCACUAUUAAUUUGUCAAAUACAGCAAAAGC